UCCAUCUUUAAACAAUCAAAUAUAUCAUAAUUCUUUCUCUCUGUAGAAUGGAACCUUCUCAUGACAAAGAAGUAAAGAAAUAUCCCCAAGAGGUGGAGAUUACGUCUCAUGCACCAGCCCUUCCAAACCACGAAGAACUUCAACGCAGCAGUCGUAGUAAUGGUGAUCUCGAGGGUGACACCUUCAAUGAUGGUGUGUGUUUGACAUGGAAAGACUUAUGGGUUAUGGUGCGGGAUGGACAAACCGGUGGAAGUCGGUCCAUACUUCAAGGUGUUACGGGGUAUGCCAGACCCGGGGAAAUCCUUGCUAUUAUGGGUCCUUCUGGUUCCGGCAAAUCCACCCUCCUUGACGCGUUAGCAGGGAGACUAGAUCCCAAGAUUAGGAAGAGUGGUGAUAUUUUAGUUAAUGGAGUCAAGAAAACUCUAGCAUAUGGAACAUCGGCAUAUGUGACUCAAGAUGAUACACUAAUCACAACACUUACCGUCCGUGAAAGCAUCUACUAUUCAGCGCAACUCCAACUACCAGACUCCAUGUCUAAAUCCGAGAAGAAGGAGAGAGCGGAAAUGACCAUAAAAGAGAUGGGGCUUCAGGAUUCGAUGGACACGAGGAUUGGAGGGUGGGGAGCUAAAGGUCUGAGUGGAGGCCAGAAGAGAAGAGUUAGCAUAUGUAUCGAGAUCUUAACUCGUCCUAAGCUUCUCUUUCUUGACGAACCAACAAGUGGCCUUGAUAGUGCAGCCUCAUACUACGUGAUGAGCAGGAUCGCAAGGCUUGAUCAGCAUGAAGGAAGAACCAUCAUUGCAUCAAUUCACCAGCCAUGUAGCGAAGUAUUUGGGCUUUUUCAUAAUUUAUGUCUUCUUUCUUCUGGAAGAACAGUUUACUUCGGGAAAACAAGCUCCGCAAAUGACUUUUUCUCUUUGAAUGGCUUCCCUUGCCCCAAUUUCCAGAAUCCAUCUGAUCACUUUCUUAGAACAAUUAACAAAGAUUUUGAUGAGGAUAUCGAACUUGGUACAGCCGGAAGGAAACCAACAGAGGAAGCAAUUAACAUCUUAAUAGAUUCAUACAAGUCAUCUACUACUUACCAAGACGUUAACAAUCAAGUUUCUGAAAUAUGCAAGAAGGGAGAUGUAGCACAUGAUAAAAACAAAGACCAUGCUAGUUUCUCAACUCAAUCUCUUGUACUCACGAGGAGAUCUUUCCUUAACAUGCAUCGUGAUCUUGGCUACUACUGGUUGCGCCUUGCUAUCUAUAUAGCGUUGUCCUUAGGUCUUGGAACAAUCUUCUAUAACGUUGGCUCAAGUUACAGUUCAAUUCAGGCUAGAAGUUCAUUGCUGAUGUUUGUGGCUACAUUCUUAACAUUCAUGGCGAUCGGGGGAUUCCCAUCAUUUGUAGAGGACAUGAAAGUAUUCGAACGUGAAAGAUUAAAUGGACAUUACUCAACCGGGGCUUUCGUUAUAGCCAAUACCCUAUCAUCAGUGCCAUACUUGUUCCUAGUAUCCGUGAUUCCUGGGGCAAUAGCAUACUACCUCUCAGGACUUCGUGAGGGAUUGGAUCACUUUGCAUACUACAUAUCCGUGCUCUUUUCUUGUAUGCUGGUUGUUGAGAGCCUGAUGAUGAUAGUUGCGAGUGUAGUUCCGAAUUAUCUAAUGGGAAUUAUAAUGGGUUCGGGGAUCCAAGGCUUCAUGAUGUUAGGUGGUGGGUUCUUUCGAUUACCUAAUGAUUUACCACACCCAUUUUGGAAAUACCCGUUAUUUUACAUAGAGUUUCACAAGUAUGCGUAUCAAGGACUGUUCAAGAACGAGUUUGAAGGUGUGAAGUAUGUGUAUAGUGAAGCAGGGGUGCAACAAAUCAUGGAUGGAGAUCAGGAUAUAUUAAGGGAGAAAUGGCAAGUUGAAAUGGGUUACUCGAAGUGGAUUGAUUUGUUGAUAAUAUUAGGGAUGGCAGUGAUUUCUAGGAUUUUGUUUAUGGUUAUAAUCAUGAUUGUUGAGAAGGUGAAGUCUGGUUUAAUGGCUGUGGUGUUUUCUAUUCCAGAGAAGCAGAAAGUGCAAGUGAUGAUCAAUCCUCUUGCCACACCUUCUCAUUAAGUAGUCAGUUAAUUCACCGUAGUCCAUUAAGUAGUCAAUCAAAUCAUUGUAGUGUAUGUAACAUGAUGUGUGUCUCAAUACUUGAAAUAAUUUGGUACCGACUUCGUCUAUUAUUUAAAAAACCAUUAGAACACAUAUAUAGACAAAGUGUGUCUAUCAUGAUACAGUAUGGUUUUGAAUAAGAUAUAUACUUUUGCCUAAA